AUGACUGAAACUCUGCAACUGCCAGCACUUCAUAUCCAGGCUCCUUGUGAUGCAGAUCAGGAUGGAGCCACCUGCGGAGAAACUCCUGCCUCUCCCAGCCCGUCUCUGCGCCGCAAACGCUUUAAAAUGCGGCGCAUGAAGCAAGUGCAGAGCGAGAAAGAGGCAAGCGAGAGUAACAAGGAAUACCUGCAGCUUCCUUCCAUCGAGAUUACGCCAUCGAGCGACGAGGACGGAGGAGGCUCUGUCACGUCCACGCCGAAUGCCUCACCCUGUCGCAGACGCUCCCUCUUAAAGAAGUGGCUCCAAAGAGGAGACAAGAAGGAGCAGAGCAGUGAGAGCAGCAGCCAGCAAAGCAGCUUACAGAGCAGCCAUGAAGAGGAGUCGACCCGAUACCUGAGCCCCAAUGUUCAAAACGACAGCACUGCGAGUAACUCGACCCGGAGCACUCCCACUUGUUCACCAGUGCUGCGCAAGCGCUCUCGCUCUCCGGUUCCUGUGAGUGCAGACGGAGAGAACAUGGUGGAGAAAAGCUCUGAUCAUUUGGCUGAUAAAUCACCAUCCACUCCUGAACAGAACACCCAGCGGCCCUACAGCCAGCCAGUACAAAGCACUCGCACCGGCAACAAGAACUCCAAGAAAAGUCAGAGCUGGUACAACGUUUUGAGCCCCACAUACAAGCAGCGCAAUGAGGACUUCAGGAAACUUUUCAAGCAGCUACCCGACACCGAACGUCUCAUUGUGGACUACUCAUGUGCCCUGCAGAGGGACAUCCUCCUUCAGGGUCGCCUCUACCUCUCCGAAAACUGGAUCUGCUUCUACAGCAACAUCUUUCGCUGGGAAACACUGCUGAUGGUACGUCUGAAAGACAUCUGCUCCAUGACGAAGGAGAAGACAGCACGUCUGAUUCCCAAUGCUAUCCAGCUCUCUACUGACAAUGAUAAGGUUAGAAAAAACAUCACUGAUAUCCAAACGUUCUGCCAGCACCAUUGUCUUGCUCUGCUAAAUCUAAACAUAGUUCUGUAUUUUCUGCUGCAGCACUUUUUUACCUCAUUUGGAGCGCGGGACCGCACCUACAUGAUGAUGUUUCGACUCUGGCAGAACGCUCUGCUGGAAAAGCCGCUGUGUCCGAAGGAGCUGUGGCACUUCGUCCAUCAGUGCUAUGGCAAUGAGCUCGGAUUAACGAGUGAUGAUGAGGAUUACGUACCUCCAGAUGAUGAUUUUAACACCAUGGGGUACUGUGAAGAGAUCCCGCCCGAGGAGAACGACGCACAGGAUACCUGCGCCAAAAACCCAGAAGUGGUAAAGACAGAUGCCAGUCCCCAGCUGCCCAAGAAAUCCUUCACCAGCAAUAAUCUUCCUUCUACAGGCAGCAGUGAAACACCUGCCAAUUAUGAAGUUCCUCCAGAGGAAGAUUUCCCCAGCUGUCUUCCGGAGGAUCUCCUACCUCUACCAUUACCAGAUAACAAGUUUUCCAAAUCCAGUGCCCUAGUACCCUCGCCCUCACUCGACCUCAACGAUAAUGAAGACCUUCCCACCGAGCUCAGCGACUCCUCGGAAACCCAUGAUGAAGGAGAAGUCCAAGCUUUCUAUGAUGACCUGAAUGGAAAGCAUUACAUCAACGAGGUCUACAAGUUUAGUGUGGAUAAGCUGUAUGAUCUUCUCUUCAGCGAGUCCCAGUUUAUGAGGGACUUUCUCGAGCUACGCCGCCUCUCUGAUGUGGUGUAUCAUCCAUGGAAAAAAGAGACGGGGGAUCAGAGUCGAGAGAUCAUGUACACCAUCUCCAUUACAAACCCUCUAGCUCCCAAAACUGCUACAGUCACUGAGACUCAGACUCUGUACAAGGCCAGUCAGGAAGGAGAGUGCUACAUCAUCGAUGCUGAAGUGAUCACUCAUGAUGUCCCAUACCAUGAUUACUUCUACACCCUCAACCGCUACAUGCUAACAAGAGUGGCCAAAAACAAGUGCAGACUGAGGGUUUCCACCGAGCUGCGCUACAGGAAGCAGCCGUGGGGUCUCGUCAAGGGGUUCAUAGAGAGGAACUUCUGGAGUGGCCUGGAUGAAUAUUUUAGACAUUUAGAACUGGAGCUGAGUAAGGUAGAGGUGGCACUAACAGAACCCCACAGACAAUCCCCUAAAUCCAAAGUGGUGCGCUCGUCCACUGUGAGGCGACACCGGAAGAGGCCAACUUCUCACCUGAGGCCGCAGCAUCUGGAUGAGGAGCUGAGUGCCAUCACCACGGCUGAGGACGAGGAGGUCAUUAAACGUAUCAAACAUGUACCAGGAUCCACACAGACACGACAUCUCCCUGAUCAUGGUUCUGGAAGUCUUGCUUUCUACAGUGUCUCCAAACUUCUGCUCAUCAUCAGCUUUGUCUUGGUGUUAUUGGUUUUCCUCAACAUGAUGCUGUUCUAUAAGCUGUGGACACUAGAACACACCACACAGAGCUUAGCAUCAGCACACGGCCUGAGAACUCAGGAGAGUAAACUUCCUCAAACGCAGAUGGAGUGGGCUCAGCUCCUGGAGGCGCAGCAGCGUUACCAUGACGAUGAGCUGGAGAAGUGGCGGGAGAUAAUCAAGUCUUCAGUGGUUAUGUUAGAUGAGAUGAAAGGCUCUUUACUAAACCUACAGAAGGGAAUCACCAUGAGGGACUCCAAAUCCGAGGAGAAAAGGAGUCGAUAAUGAUUCACUGAUUCACCGGCUGAAUGGUGCAAUAAACCAGACGUGGAGGAACCUCAGAAGCUGCCUCUUCUUAUACAUCUCUUCUUCUUCUCUCCAUCGGAGGACCAGAGACACUCACUGAGUGAACUGGAUUGCAAAAACUAACCUAUGAAGUUUAAGAUUCAGAACGAUUUAUAAUCCUGCUCACCAGGGCCAAAAAUGAUUCAUGAGUCAUGAUUCAUUUAAUGACUUGUUUGAGUUUUGAACGCACAUGCAGCAACGUCCCAGCUGCACUUCCUCACUUUUUGAUAGAAAUUUUCGGAAUCCGGGACCAGGUUACGAUACCGAACUAUAAUCAAUAUCAUACGUGUAAACCAGUGUUAUACUU